ACACACACACACACACCUAUAUGAGUCCUGCUUCGACGUGCGUGGCAUAAAAAUAGAUGCUAAUCUGUCAGCGUAGCACGCAGUGGCAGCUUUGGCAGCGGCGGUGACAGCAGCAGAAAAACCAUGGCCUUGGGGCUGCCUGCGCCUGCGAGCUGCCUCCUCCAGGACUAAGAUCCCACAUCGCACUCAGCCAGAGCAACAGCUACCAGAAGACAAACCCAGAUCAGCAACACAGCAACCUCUGCAGCUUCCCUGGUUUCUGCCACCUCAAAGAUGUGCCCUGGUAACUGGCUGUGGGCCUCCAUGACUUUUAUGGCCCGUUUCUCCAGGAGCAACUCCCGGUCUCCUGUUCGCACGAGAAGUGCCCUGGAGGAGAUGCCAACUAUUCAACAUCCUUUCCUCAAUGUCUUUGAGUUGGAAAGGCUCCUCUACACUGGCAAGACCGCCUGCAACCAUGCUGAUGAGGUCUGGCCAGGCCUCUACCUUGGAGAUCAAGACAUAGCUAACAACCGCCGAGAGCUCCGUCGCCUGGGUAUCACCCACAUCCUCAAUGCAUCGCACAGCAGGUGGAGAGGCAGCCCUGAGGCCUAUGAGGGGAUGGGCAUCUGCUACCUGGGCGUGGAGGCCCACGACUCACCAGCCUUCGACAUGAGCAUCCACUUCCAGACAGCUGCGGACUUCAUCCACCGGGCGUUGAGCCAGCCAGGAGGGAAGAUCCUGGUGCACUGCGCUGUGGGGGUGAGCCGAUCAGCCACCCUGGUGCUGGCCUACCUCAUGCUGUACCACCACUUCACCCUCGUGCAGGCUAUCAAGAAGGUCAAGGAUCACCGAGGCAUCAUUCCCAACCGGGGCUUCUUGAGACAGCUCCUAGCUCUGGACCGCAGGCUGCGGCAGAAUCUGGAGGCAUGAGAUGAGGAGGAGGGUGGUUGGGCCAGGUAUGUGGGUCCCUGGCUCCUAGCUGAAGAGAGGAGGCCCAGCUGGAGGGAGCAAAUGGCUUGGCUGACCUAUCCUGUUUCAGGAGAGUGAGAGGGGCAUGGAUGCCCCCAGAUCGCUAUUAUUAUUUGUCAAGAGAAGGCAGGAGCAAGGUUAGACAGUGUGACCAGAGCAGAAGGCAGCUGUGCUAGAAGUAGAAGCUGGCCCUGGGAUUCCAACAUUCUGGAUUCCAAACAAGGCUUCUCCUAUGGAUUCACAGCCCCUUGCCCUCUUUGUGCCCAAAUGAUCCCGCUCUGUCACAUAUGAAAGCAAAGAGACUGUCUCUGGCCUGUGAUGGAAGUCAGGAAGGUGGCAAGCCUGAAUGUGAUGUUGUAGAGUUGUGUGGAGUUACUAGUGUAGAGACAGACGGUGAGGAGAGGGUGUGAAAGCUGUGAAAUGGUGGGAGCAGUGCACAGACUUGUUACUACAAACACAGGAAGAGGAGGCGUGUGGGAACUGGCACUGUGCCAGUGGGUGCUGAUCAUGGUCAAACACAGCAGAGGUGCAUGACUGGGAGUCUUUAAAUCAUCACUGACUGACUGACUGACUGACUGACUGACUGGAUGCCCAAGCCUCAAACUAAAAUAAAAGAUGCUGGUCAAGAAGAAA